AUGCAGUUGUUUAGAGCGCAGGCGCAAGUCAAUGACUUUGGUUUUGUUUUCAAUGGGAUUUUAACAUUAUCUAAGAAGGCCGAGAGUACCGAUUACAAACGCAUAUCACACACAUUUAACAUACGCUAUAGUAUACAAUGCAUUGGUGUGUUAAAGUUCAUCUCAAUCUCCGGACAAGUAUUGGUCGCAAACACUAGAUCUCAAGACUCGAGUCAUUCAUCCCUUCAUUGGAUUAGAGUGUGUUGGACACAAGUGGGAUCAGUUGUGGUGAUGUCAGAUCGUGGUCGCGGCGGCGGCCGGGGAUACAGUGGCGGAGGCGGUGGUGGUCAACGGGGCAGAGGUGGCGGCGGCGAUGGUAGCGGUUCCCGUCCUCCUCAGCGCCCGAACGUACCCAAUGUCCGUGAGUUAGCACAAGCGGUGUCCCAAUUGGCGAUCUGCGAAUCUGCACCGCGCGGUACCGCAGGCCGAGCGAUACAGUUAAUUGUCAAUCACUACCGGAUCACCGGUUGGGAACAGAUGUCGUGCCAUCUGUACGACAUAGACAUACGACUGCCCCGACGCGACGGCCACAGCUUUGUUCAGAUGACUGCCGGCCCCACCGGUGCGGCCGGUGGUCAGCCCGCGCGCCGACUCCGCAACGAGCGGAGGGCCGACAACACGCGAGUUGUGGCCAAAAUGGCCGACGAGUGGCCCCAAGCGUUCGCCGACCGUCUGUACGCUUUCGACGGCCAGAAAUUUCUAUACGCCGGACAACAGUUACCGGCGGUGUCCGCGACACCCACUAUGCGACGGGUUGUCAUACAAUUGGAUGGUUUCGCGGAGCAGACAUUUGAGGUGCGGAUUCUAUACGUCAAACGAGUAUUGAUGGCACCAUUGGUCGAGUACUUCGCGGGCCGUAAUCGGCCGCAUCCCGAGGACUUUCGCGAAGCCUUACAGGCGUUGGAAGUGGUGUUGCGAUAUAUGCCGGCACAGAGUCUGGUCCCGAUCUAUAGGAGUUUGUACGCCAUCGACGGUCGGAAAGCGGUAACCCGUGGCUCCCGGCCGACCAACGCUGAGAUAGCUUCUGGUCAUUACCAGUCCGUUCACGUGACCCAAACGGGAAUCACUUUAAACGCUGACCACACGGAAACACUGUUGGUCACCGACGGUCCACUGAUCACAUACAUAGAACGUGAGCUCAAUAUAACAAAUCUUCGCGGCUAUCGGUUUACUGAAGAGGACGGACAACGACUUAACCGGAAGAUUAAAGGCCUAAAGAUAUACACGAAUCACAUACCGAACCAAAAGCGCCGAUUCUUUAUCGACUCAAUGAUCGUCCAAAAAGUACACGAAUACCGGUUCGACGAAACCGAUGGCCAAUCCGUUACAGUGAAGGAGUACUUCCGGGCGAAGUACCCGAACACAGGAGAGCUGUUGCAAAACGUGGGCCUCAUUAAGACCCGGAACAACAAAUACCUGCCGGUAGACGUGUGUCACGUAUACCCCGAUCAGCCGAUGCCCCGCCGUAUAGUCACGCCUGAGAUGACACAACAGAUAGUGAAGAGCGCCUGUCAGGAGCCGAGCACUCGUUUCGGUAAAAUACAGCAAUCUAUCGAAGAGGUGGAAGCGGUGGGACGCGCUCUGAUGGCCAGUUUCGGCGUUAAUUUAGAGAUAAAUCCCAUUCAGCUGUCCGGACGUGUACUGCAGGCGCCCCGACUGGAGGGCAAUCUGCGGCACUUGAAAAGUGGCCGCCCAUUGAAGCGGUACGCGUUCAUCAACUACUCAGUGGACGGGCCGUUGAGGUCAACGACUAAAUUCGAAGAGUGUUUCGACCGGUUCUUCGCCCAAUUGGUCGCUAAGGCCCGGGAAAUGGGCAUCACUAUAGCCGACGGGCCGGUGGCCAAAGUGUCGCACAGAGCCACUGACCAAGUGAUAGCCGCAGAUAUUGCAGAGUUCAAGCAGUUGGACAUGAUAUUCAUCUGCAUUCCGUGGUCACCGAUAUACAAGACAAUCAAAUACUUGGCCGAUGUGCACGGCGUGCCCACACAGUGCGUACUCGACCAGCACUUUGUUAAGACACCUCCAGAGAUAUAUUUCGCUAAUCUAUUGAUGAAAGUGAACGCCAAGAAUGACGGCCAGAAUCAGGUGUUGGCUCAGCCGUGUCGGCCGUCCGCUACGCUGAAAAAGCGGGCCGUUAUGGUUGUGGGCGUCGAUGUGAUACAUCCGGGAACCGGUGGCGCGGGUGACGGACCCGUGUUCUCGUCCAUUGCCGCCUCAGUGGCCACUUUUGACGUCGAGUUUAGUAAAUAUCACGCGGCAGUUGAGGGACAGCCGCUGAACACCGAAAUCAUCGCCACUUAUGACCGGAUGUUUGUCCGACACUUGAAGAACUAUCGGGCGAAGAAUAGCAACGCUUUGCCGGAGAGUGUUAUACUGUUCCGCGACGGUGUGUCCGACGGACAGUUGGAUCAGGUGUUGGCCGAAGAGAUACGGCUGAUUGAGAAGGCGUUUGAUUCGGUCGCGAAGGGCUUCCGGUUUGCGUUAACGGUGUUUGUGGUGCAGAAGAGACAUCACACGAGAUUCAUGCCAUUGAAGGAAUCGUUUGAUGCCAGGGGUAAUGAGAUACGCAAUAUACCCGCGGGAACUGUUGUGGACCACACCAUUACACACCCCCUGCGCAACGAGUUUCAUCUGUGCUCACACAACGGGCGACUCGGUACGUCACGUCACGCCAAGUAUGUCUGUAUUCGCGAUGAUCACAAUCUGACUCGGGAUGAGUUGCAACAGAUCUCGUACCAUAUGUGUCACGCAUACUGCCGGUGCCCGACACCCAUCUCGAUACCGGUGCCCGUGGCGUACGCCGACCUGCUGUGCACUCGCGCCAGGAUUGUGAUCGAGGCCCAGAACCUGCCGUUCCAGCCAAGGGUUAGGGAUGAGUCGGCCGAUGAGAAGCGGGUCCGCGAGGCGGCCAAUGUCCAGCUGCUCAACGCUAAUGUCGAGGCGCACAUGAAGUUGAUUUUGCGCCCAUAUUAUGCUUAAAACCCAAUCGCUUUUUUAAAUCUCAAUUCAAUCAUUUAGUUUUUUUUGUUUUUCCCGAAUUGAGGUUUAUUUUUGACUUUGCUUUCAAUCCUUAAUUUCAUGAUUACUUGAUUUAGAUUUACUUAUUAAUUGGUCCCUAAUUUCUGAUACAAUUUAAUUACUAACCCUUUUGUUUGACUUACGGUAUAAUUGUUUUCUUGAGUUGUAAUUCAAUAUGAAUUACAAUUUGACUUUUUAAAUAAUUCUUUAAUUACUAAUUUACCAAAAAAAUUACAAAAUAAUUAAAAUUAGUCUUAAUUCCUGAUUUCUUAAGUAAGGCCACAAA